UCCUAGUAAAAAGGAUAAACUUGUGUAAUAUUUCUUUCCAACACUAUUGAAUUUGUCACUGCAGCGACGUUCUUUAGAUUGCUUCACUCACAGGUAUCCUUUCACAGUUUCACUCCGCUCUGGUGCCGAACACAGUCAUCGGAAUGAAUCAUCGGAGGUCAUUAUCUUUGAUAUCAAUCAUACCAAACAACGCCAUUUCAACGCGCUAUCUCGUCGUAUUUCCGCGCCGGAGUUACGGCGGAGGACAUGGCUUCAGCACCGCCUCUGAAUCAGCUUGGACCGAAUUUCCCAUGGAGAACGCGUAUGAGCUCUUAGGAGUGUCGGAAACCAGCUCAUUUGCUGAGAUCAAAGCGUCGUUUCGCAAAUUGGCCAAAGAAACUCACCCGGACCUCGCUGAGUCAAGGAACGAUUCCGCUGAGUCUCGACGAUUUGUGCAAAUCCUCGCCGCCUAUGAGAUUCUUUCAGAUUCUCAGAAGAGAGCCAACUAUGACAUGUAUCUGAUGUCUCAAAAAAAGCUUGUGCAAAGACAUUCUAGGCAGGGUUCAAAAUUACACAUUUAUGAAUCACAGGCUACUGUGUUCCGGGAGAUGGAAGUUGUUGAUUGGUUAAAGUGGUACAGAUCAGCUAUAAAAGAUAUUUUGUCAGAGCAGAAGGUUGUGCUUGGAACAGGAUAUUUGGAUGUACUUGAGAGAGAUUUUUAUUCAGCUAUUCAUGCAGCAUACUAUGGUCCUGAAAUUGAUUCUAUGCCCAUGGAGCUUCUUCCUGACUGUUUUGAGGCUGAGGAGAGGUCCUCUUAUGAAACUCCUGAGGUUUUGCACUUAGUUUCAGGCCGUGAUCUUUUUGGGAUGGUUUGCCUAGUCAACAAGUUUCCAGAGAUAACAUCAAUCAAUAAUGAAAAGUUAACUUCUUUUAGAUCCUUCCAUUCAAGCCUGUGUCAGUCUAUAACGAAUGUAAACAUCCAGAGGAAUGAUGAAAGGCCAGAUGAUUUUGGAACUCAUCAAGGUCACAGUUCUAAAGUUUCAAGUUAUGUAUCAGAUGCAUAUAGAGAUCUAGAAUUGCAUGUCUCUGGAAGAGUGGUUGCUACAGCAUCCAGGGCCCUACCUGGCUGCAAUUCUGGUGCGAUGAAAAAUGAAGAAGCUGAAGAUCACAUUCACGUGUUUCUUAAUUCAGAUGAAGAUCCCAGACAUACCAGUGGAGGCUUUUCGAAAAAUUUCUUUGCAAAUGAUGCUGCUGGAAGCAGGAUUCAUUUGGGAAGUAUAUCUGGACUUGGGAGCAGUCCAGAUGAAGGAUGUUGUUAUGCAUACAAUACCAGUGGUGAAAAGACCCAUAUGAUUAUGAAACAUCGAACAUUGAUGGUGAAGCAUCUGCACUGGUAUCACGUGGGUGAGGAAGUUUCAAUUUGUGAGUGUAGAUGCACUAGAGCACGUUUACCUCCAAGCAAAUAUUGGCUAUUUGAGCCUCGUUGUGGCUUCCAUGACAUAGGGGGUUGGUAUGUCGAAACAUAUGGCAAAGAUAAGAAUGGUCGUACAAGGCCAUCACAAAGGUUCUGGGAUGGCUUGGAUUAUAGUGAGCAAGCUGACAGGAGACUUCAUCCAGCUAUGUAUCUGUUUGCCCUUGCAUAUCGAACACUUGAUCUUGAAUAUGCCAAAGCAAGCAAGAAAACAUUUAGGAAUGUUGUUGGGGCACAUAUGUUCAGAGUUCUUCACUGGUGCAGGAAACUGGCUAAAUAGGUUUGUUCUGUGACAUCGAGUUUAUUGGGGGCUUAUGAAACUCUCAACGAGUUUAUUUUGUGACAUCACUAACCCGAAAUGGACAGAGCAACAGAUUCUUUACUAAUGACUCUUGGGAGGGAAGGGAUGAUCGGAAAGUACAUAAAGGAAAACUCAUUAGAAGCCUCUAUUACUUUUAUUUACUUGUUGGGAACAAAUUCAUCUUUUGAUCUGCCUGAUGAUGUGAUAUGUUGGUCAACUACUGAAUUCGCCUGAUCAAAGGACUGGCUGCUGGGAACCAAUACCAUGUCUGAGCUGAGAUGUACCAACAUUGAUUUUUUCCACAAUGUUCUUUGGAGAUAAUUAUCUCAGAAUUGUUAUGCAACCAGAAUAUUUAUGGAUAUACAUCCAUGGAUUUUGUGACUGUAACAUACCACUGCAGAUGACGCCUAUCUGUUGUUGAAUCAAAACCCUCUAUUUUGGCCAGUAAUAUGGAAGCUAGUGUUUUCAUUGCACAGGCAGAUUGGUCAGAGUUUAAGACGUUCUGCAAUUUACUUGGGUUCUAUAACUUGGUCCUCCCAUUUGCAGUACUGGCCUCCGGCUAAUGCUCGAUGUAGCCUAUCCCUACAGUAGACGGGUCUUCCAUCAGCAGCCUCAGCAGCAGCUGCUGCUAGAUCAUCAUCAACUAUCACAUCUACAGGCAAUUUAAGCAAUUCCUCCUUUCUACAACAUACAUAAAAAAGUUGCAAUGACAUGGUGGUCAGUGGACAUGCUCAGGAAGAUAGUGCAGCAUCUUUAUAUGUGUUUCCUUACCUUAGGUUGAACUUGUUGUUAACCUUGGGAGCUUGUGCGAUUGAUUUAUUCUCUUCCGUGCUAAAAGUGGAAUGAAAAAAAUUCUCCACUGGUGUAGCAAAGAUAAAUAGCACAACUCCGGUAACGAGUAAUGCUCCAGUCCCAACUAGAGUUUGCUUCAGCAGUUUAACAACUGGUUUAACCUGGAGACAUGGAGUGUAUGUGAAUCAUGCUGCAAGGAAUCAAGAUUGCAGUGCAUGAAUCUAAAUAGGGUUUUACAGAAGUGAAGUCUCUAUAGGUACUUCUCUUUUCUCUCUCUUAGGAUAAAGGAAGAGUGUGUAAAAAAGAGGCUAACCUCAGGUGGCUUGACCCACAUCUGUCCAUCAUACCAACCACUUUCUUCAUAAGGAAUGACCGCAGAUAGAAGUCUAUCUCCAACAUAACUCCACCCCUGCAUUGCAAUUCAAUUAUCCACAACAGUUAAUUUAAGUAUGAAGAUGCUCAGCACCUAAUCAUCAGGUAUAGUUAGCGUGAAAAAAGAUUACAUUCAGUUGAAAAACACAUUAUACUGCACUUUGGUAGCAGCUUAAACAGUAUGCAUGACUACGAAUGGAUAUUCCCACUGAGUUAAGCAUCUAAAUUCUAAUCUUUGUUCUACUAUAAGGUUUCAAAUUCAUGCUGUAUUACACCAGGACACAUUUCUUUUGAAUUCUCUGCAUGACCCUACGAACCCCAGUAAUGAAAUUAUAGUGGCAUGAAAAAGCAAAAGGAGGAUUAGAACGCACCAGAUAAAUCCUCAAUACAAUCAAAGACACAAUGAAGAGUGUUCCUGUUCCAGCAGCUAGUAUAAAUCUUAGAGGCUCCUGCAAGGUUGUGAACAUUAACGCAGACAGAAGGCAAUCUUAUGAGUCAUUUUAUAAAUGUUGUUUGUGAUAGUGUGCUUAUGUAUGCAUCAAAUGUUUCUGGUUCAUUACUUGAUUAUAUAUCCCAGUAAUUAUGCACA